GAACUCUUCUUCACGCCUCCGCUUAUCAGAAAAGUUUGGACUUUUAUUGCAUCUCUUCGAAAAGCUCAGCCUGUCGUCCGCAUUUGGCAGGACAAAUGCCGAUUUUCUUUUUUACAGUAGAAAGUGUCCUUUGAGGUGUCGGCGAGGUUCAAACGUGAAAAUGAAUGGCGGGGUUUGAUCUAAACGAGCGCAGCGGGCGCGAGACAGUAAGGUGCUUUCUGACCCAGACGUUUAGCUAACCUGAGAAAUCGGAUUAAAAGUUGUUUUUUUGUGUAUUUUAUUUUAUUUUUUUACCUUACCGGAUCCUGUUAUCAUGACGCCGGACCUCUUAAAUUUCAAAAAGGGAUGGAUGUCAAAACUAGACGACAGCGGGGAGUGGAAGAAACACUGGUUUGUCCUGACUGACGCCGGGCUCAAGUAUUACAGAGACUCAACAGCAGAGGAGAAAGAUGACUUGGACGGGGAGAUUGACCUGAAAUCCUGCGUGAAGGUGUCAGAGUUUGAUGUGGAGAAAAACUAUGGGUUUCAGAUACAGACGCGGGAGGCUGUGUUCACGCUGUCUGCCAUGACAGCUGGGAUCAGGCGGAACUGGAUCGAGGUUUUAAAGAAGUGUAUUAGACCCAGCAGCUCUCCAGACUUAACCCAGUUACCCGACAAUAACAGUGACAAGGAAAAUUCCCACGCACGGCUUUUGUCGUCUUCCCGCCUCCAGUCUUUACGCCACGGCAACUCUCAGUCAGAAGUUUCGUCCUCGGCCCUUGUGACGAAGCACAGGUUCGACUACGUGGAACUCUCCCCUGUUCCCGUCUCCUCCGGUUCUCUUCCAGCCGGUCAGCGAGAAGCAGGAGAAGGACAGGGGCGUGAGCACAGCCAGUGGCAGGAGGAAAGGAACACGAGCAGCCAAUGGGAGGCCGUCCUGUCCACGAAGGGCCCUGGCCUGGGGUCAAACCAGAGGCUCCACAUGGAGGAUGAAAUUGAGAGAAAAUGGGCGGAGCUUGAACGAAUGCCAUUUAAAGAUAUGAGCUCUUUACCUCCGACAGGAUUGCAGUCUUCUAGCCAGUCAGCCAACGAGGCGCUGCAGAGGGAGGUGGCGUCACUGAGGCAACAGCUGGAGCGACUACAACAGGGAGGACGGGGAGGGGGAGGAAGAGCGCGGGGCGUCUGUGGUCCUGAAGCCCCCUGCAGCCGCAGCCUGGCAGCCAUGGAGCGCGCUCACAAACAGGCCCUAGAAGAACUGCAGAGGCAGCACGUGCGACAGAUGAGGGAACUGGAGAGGGAGAGGGACAGGCUGCUGCUGGAGGAGACUCAGGACACGGCACGAGUGAUGGAGGCUCUGAAGAAAAGACACGUAGAGGAGCUGGAGAGGGAGGUGGAGAAAGUGAAGAGGCUGAGCAGCGGGAAGUUCGAUUCACAGACUCUACGAGCUCAACAGCAGGAAGAAGCUCAGUCCUUGCAGAGGGAGCUGGCCGGUCUGUCGGAGCGCUACUCUCAGAAGUGCCUGGAGCUGAACAGAGCCGAGCAGGCAAACGCCGAGAGAGAGCGGGAAAUCAGCCGCAAAGAGAGAGACAUGGAGCAGCUGAGGAAAGAGAACUUGGAUUUAAAGGCCCGUUUGACGGAGGAGAUGACCCGAACACGAUCUCCAGGCACAUAUUCGAGCUCAGAGAACCACACAGACAAGACGCCCUGCGAAUUAGAGGUUCUCCUCAGAAUGAAAGAGAACGAGAUCGAAUAUUUACACAAAGAGAUCAGCUGUCUGAGGAACGAGCUACAAUUUCUCAACGCGGAAAAACAGCUGGCCUGUGAGCGAUACGCAGAGGUGCACGUGGAGCUGAACGGGAUGAAAGGCCGAACCGAGCGGGAGAUUCAGAGUCUGAAGGAGCACCUGAGGCUGGCCAUGGCUGCUCUGCAUGAGGGACAAAAACUGGGGAACAGCCUGGACCACUGAGAAGCUGCUGCUGGUACUAAUGCUGUGAUAGUGGGAGUCAGACGCCAUAAUACAGG